AUGGGUGACCAGAAGGUGACCAUGAGCCAUCAGUGUGCCCUGGUGGCCAAGAAGGCCAGUGUUGACCACAGCAUGGCCAUAAGGCAGCAGUGUGCCCUGGUGGCCGUGAAGGUGAUGCAGACGAUGUCCUGGUUGACAACAGUUGGCCGCCGCGUCGCCGAGGCGCUCCGCUCGGCCCGGCUCGUCUCGGCCCGCAGGCGGCGGCAGGAACCGGAGGAGGACGGGGGAGCCGCCCCGGGCGGCCGGGAGAGCUUUGUGUUGUUCUUGGAAAGUUUCGCUCCACUUGUGAAUUCCUUGAACCUUGGCAUUGCCAGCCCGCUUGUGUUGGGCCCUCCUCCUUUUCAGCUUGCUCACAUUAAGACCCAGUUGGCUCUGCAGCAGUUGACCGCCAGCAGCUCCGCGCCUCCUCAUGCUUCCUUCGGCCGGGCCGUUCUGAAAAGCGCCAUGUUUAGCCCCAGAGGAGCGUUGCCGCAGAGGCCGAGAGGACCCAACCCGUCCGCAGCAAAGCCCCCGGGAUCCUUCCAGGGUGUGACGGGCCCGCAGAGACCCCCGGCCCCAGGAGCACCCCGGGGGGCAGCGCCGCGCGCGUCGGGGCAGGACAGCGUCCCGUGGACCGGCUCGCAGCGCAUCAACGUCCGCGUCACCCUGCACAGGGCCGACCCGCGGCAGGCCAAGGCCAAGGGCAGCCUGCACCAGGAGCAGAAGGGCGACGUGCGCGCCGGCCGCUGGGACGGCAGCCCCUGCCCGCCCCCGCCGGUGGUCUCGCAGAAGCCCCCAGCCCGAAUCCCGGAGCAGAACGCCGCGGCGCAGAACCGCUACACGCCGGAGAGCGCGUCCAGCAUCUUGGCGAGCUUCGGGCUGUCCAACGAAGAUCUGGAGGAGCUCAGUCGCUACCCGGAUGACCAGCUGACCCCCGAGAACAUGCCGCUCAUCCUCAGAGAGAUACGGAUGCGGAAGAUGGGCCAGCCUUUGCCCGGCCUGCAUUCCCAGAGCCGAGGAGAAGCGAUGAGCGGGACGAGCGGCGCGGCCGUCAAAGGCAAGGUGAUCGACUACGGGCACGCCAGCAAGUACGGGUACACCGAGGAUCCUCUGGAGGUGCGCGGUUACAACGUGGAAGCGCUGAGAGAGGAGCCUCUGGAAGCACGGCCCUACAACCCCGAAGCGCCGGGCGGAGAGAAGAGGGAAGAGUUCCACCGAGAGCAGAGCGUGCCCAUGGGCGUCCCGCCGGCCGGCGUGGCGUGCGGCCCGGCCUUCCCACCGCAGGACGUCAUGAAGCCCCCGCCGGCUUUCCAGAGCGACCCGGCCAACCCUCACCCAUUUUUCCCAGCGGAGCCAGCGGGGAAGGCGGGCGGGCUGUGCGCGGCGCCCGUGGGGAAGGCUGGCCCCCCGCCCGCGGUGCUGCCCGUCAUGCCGCCCAUCCUGCCGCUGGCCGUGCCGCCCAUGGCGCAGCCCGUCGUGCCGCCGCUCAUCUCGCAGCCCGUCGUGCCCGUCCUCCCCCAGCCGCCCUUCUCGGCAGAGCUGCUGGCCAUCCUGGAGCAGCGGGACAGGAUCCAGCACGAGGCCGGGAGCAGCCAGCCCAGUGCCCAGAGCUCCGGGAUGGGGCAGAAGCCCUUCCAGCCGCAGCCCGAAGGGCCCAUUAAGUCCCCCUUUGGCGUUGUGAAGGCGUCGUGGCUGCCGUCCUUCCUGCAGUCUGACUCGCAGAAGAUCAAACGCUUGCCCACCCCGUCAAUGAUGAAUGACUACUAUGCGACGUCGCCGAGAAUAUUCCCACAUAUGUGUUCUCUGUGUAACGUAGAAUGCGCUCGUAUGAAGGACUGGAUCCUGCACCAGAACACCCCUUCCCACAUCGAGAGCUGCCGCCACUUACGACAACAGUACCCCGACUGGAACCCCGAGUCUCGCUCUUCAAAGCGGAAUGCCGCGGACAGGAAGGAGAACCAGACCCCCAAGCACCGCUCCAACUCGGCCAGCCCCGGCCCCAGGCGCCCCAGGCCCGCGGCCUCCAGCCAUGCUCCCCGUCACUCCCGCUCGCGCUCCAGGAGCCCGGGCUGCUAUCGCCCAGCACGACCCAGGAGCCGAAGCCCGCGGUCGGUGCGACGCCUGAGCCCCAGGCACUGGUCACGGUCACCUCAGAGGUCCAGGAACCCCCUGCGGGGCAGCCUGCGGCCGCAGCGCUCCUCCAGCAAUGACUGGGCGUCGAGGAGGACCAGCAGAUCCCAAGACAGGAAGGCAGCUCUGGAGGCGGUGAUGAAAACGUUGGGACCCGGCUUUGUGGCGGAGUUCAACAAGCACAAAUCAUCGCAAGCAUCCGCACCCGGGGCGUCGGGCUCGGGGAAGUCAGCGCCCAGCCAUGGGGCGGCAGGGAAGAAAAGCCCCAAAACGAGCCCCGCUGCCAAGGCCGUAAAGAAGGAUGCUGUUCCUCUGCCUGCAUCCGGCUCCUCUCCUCAAAGCGAUGAGUUGCCCCAAGAGCAGGAGGUGGAAGAGGAGGAGGAGGACUCAGCCGCAGGGCCCAGCAGGCCUCGUGCUGCGCCGUAUAACCGGGUGAUUAUCGACGUUGCUGACGAUGGGGAGGAUUGGCUGACAGCCUGAAGGCCGUGCUGCCGUGCAGCGAGAGCUGGACAGGCUGAGAGCUGGGCAGGAAGAAACCAGAUGGGGUUUAACAACAGCAAGUGUGGAGUCUUGCAUCUGGGGAGGAAUAACGGCGUGCAGCGGUACAGG